GCCACUCUUUAGGGUGCAGGCCUGGCGCGCGGCCGGAGGCGCUAGCGACAACCAGCCCGGAUCUUGGGGGAAAUGACACCUCUAUGCCCUCGCCCGGCACUCUGCCACCAUUUCCUUCCGUCUCUGCUCCGCUCGGUGUUUAAAAGCGCGCCAAGCGCCCGGCAGGGGGCCGAGGCCGCGGGACUCUCCGAGCCAGGCCCAAGCCUGGGCCCAGCCGCCCUGCUCCGGACGGUGUCCAGCGCCAGCCGCCACAGCCGAGCCUGCCGCGGAGCCAAGACCGCGGCUGUUUCCCCCGGCAAGCGGGCCCGGCCCGCGGCGGAGGGCAGCAUGCAGCUCCGCUUUGCCCGGCUCUCGGAGCACGCCACGGCCCCCACCCGGGGGUCCGCACGGGCAGCGGGCUACGACCUGUACAGUGCCUAUGAUUACACAAUACCACCUAUGGAGAAAGCUGUUGUGAAGACAGACAUUCAGAUAGCCCUUCCUUCUGGGUGUUAUGGAAGAGUAGCUCCACGUUCUGGCUUGGCUGCAAAACAUUUUAUAGAUGUAGGAGCUGGUGUCAUAGAUGAAGAUUAUAGAGGAAAUGUUGGUGUCGUACUGUUUAAUUUUGGCAAAGAAAAGUUUGAAGUCAAAAAAGGUGAUCGGAUUGCACAGCUCAUUUGUGAACGGAUUUUUUAUCCCGAAAUAGAAGAAGUUCAAGUUUUGGAUGACACUGAAAGGGGUUCAGGAGGUUUUGGUUCCACUGGAAAGAAUUAAAAUUUAUGCUGAGAAUAGAAAAUGAGAAAUUGUACUUUUUUCUUAAAA